CAGUUGCGGCCCAAUCAAGGGGACCAAUCAAGGGGAUAAACGAGGCGAAACAAUGGCCAAAAGAUCGCAUAUGAACCCAGCACAGGACGAGAGCAGACGGGUCGCUAACUAUGUGUGGAAAGGACGUCGAAUAAGGCAGAGGGAGAUAAAGAAGGCCAAGGAGCAUCGCCAGGAGCAGAAGCUCGAGAGGUUGAAGACCGUUGAUCCUGGAAGACUGCAACGUCGGAUCGACGAGCUGGAGGCCAAGAAGGAGAGGAACGGUGGUAAGUUAUGGCACGAGGAGCGGACGCUAGAGUCAAUGAAGAGGGACCUGGAGGCGGUGAAGAAGCUCCGCCUAGGCGGGGUGGAGGGCCAGGCAGGGGGCCAGGCAGAGAGGUCAGGGAGCCAGGCAGAGAGGCCAGGGAGCCAGACAGGGAGCCAGGCAGGCACUCCCAAGCCACAACCAUUGGGCUCAAGGAGUAUCUUCUACCAUCCUCAGUGGAACGUGAAGGGAGAGCCACCGUUUGGCCUGCCAAACGUUGAGUUUGAUGGCGUCUCAACCAACACCUCUGACAAACCGUUGGACAUCCCCUUGCCCAAGGGCCCAAAGCCCAAGUUCUACAAGAUUGAAGUACACAGCAUUGAAAGGGAAGCGGACGUGAAGCCCGCCUCUGGCACGAGCUUCAUUCCGUCCACGAUACAGAGGAAGAGAAAGCUCAAUCAGUGAGGUUUACAGGGAAGACAAGAG